GGAAACCACCCCCACUCCUAAUCCCCCACCCGCAGAAGAGGAGAAAACAGAGUCUAAUCAGGAGGUUGCUAACCCAGAACACUAUAUUAAACAUCCUCUACAGAACAGGUGGGCGCUCUGGUUUUUUAAAAAUGAUAAAAGCAAAACUUGGCAAGCAAACCUUCGGCUGAUCUCUAAGUUUGAUACUGUUGAAGACUUUUGGGCUCUGUACAACCAUAUCCAGUUGUCUAGUAAUUUAAUGCCUGGCUGUGACUACUCACUUUUUAAGGAUGGCAUUGAGCCUAUGUGGGAAGAUGAGAAAAACAAACGGGGAGGACGAUGGCUAAUUACGUUAAACAAACAGCAGAGACGAAGUGACCUCGAUCGCUUUUGGCUAGAGACACUGCUGUGCCUUAUUGGAGAAUCUUUUGAUGACUACAGCGAUGAUGUAUGUGGAGCUGUUGUUAAUGUUAGAGCUAAAGGUGAUAAAAUAGCAAUAUGGACUACUGAAUGUGAAAAUAGAGAUGCUGUUACACAUAUAGGGAGGGUAUACAAGGAAAGGUUAGGACUUCCUCCAAAGAUAGUGAUUGGUUAUCAGUCCCAUGCAGACACAGCUACUAAGAGCGGCUCCACCACUAAAAAUAGGUUUGUUGUUUAAGAAGACACCUUUUGAGUAUUCUCAUAGGAGACUGCGUCAAGCAAUCGAGAUUUGGGAGCUGAACCAAAGCCUCUUCAAAAGCAGAGUGGACUGCAUUUAAAUUUGAUUUCCAUCUAAAUGUUGCUAAGAUAUAAGAGAAGUCUCAUUCGCCUUUGUCUUGUACUUCUGUGUUCAUUUUUUUUUUUUUAAUUUUGGCUAGAGUGUCCACUACCCCAAUCAAAGAAUUACAUACAGUAUACAUCUUCCCCAUGAUCCUUAUGUGUUCCUGGCCCAUUCUGUAAUAGUUUAGUAGAAUUAUACAAACACAUUUUACCCAUCCACAAUAUUAAAAAAAGAACUUACAUUUCUAUACCUUACAGGAAAAAAAUACUGUUUAUGUUCCAUUGUAUGCAGGAGCAUAUUUUGCUGGUUUGAAAGAGUAUGAUGCAUACAGUUUUCUAGCAAUUUUCCUUGUUUCUUUUUACAGCAUCAUCUUUGCUGUACUUUUGCUGAUGGCUGCUAGAUUUUAAUUUAUUUGUUUCCCUAUUUGAUAACAUUAGUGAUUCUGAUUUCAGUUUUUCAUUUGUUUUGCUUUUGUUUUUUCCUCAUGUAACAUUGGUGAAGGAUCCAGGAAUAUGACACAAAGGUGGAAUAAACAUUAAUUUUGUGCAUUCUUUGGUAAUUUUUUUGUUUUUUGUAACUACAAAGCUUUGCUACAAAUUUAUGCAUUUCAUUCAAAUCAGUGAUCUAUGUUUGUGUGAUUUCCUAAACAUAAUUGUGGAUUAUAAAAAAUGUAACAUCAUAAUUACAUUCCUAACUAGAAUUAGUAUGUCUGUUUUUGUAUCUUUAUGCUGUAUUUUAACACUUUGUAUUACUUAGGUUAUUUUGCUUUGGUUAAAAAUGGCUCAAGUAGAAAAGCGGUCCCAUUCAUAUUAAGACAGUGUACAAAACUGUAAAUAAAAUGUGUACAGUGAAUUGUCUUUUA